AUGAUUGACGACACUGGUGCCAACGGACAACAAUGGCGGCGGCUGGCUCCAGUUAAACACCCGGGAUGGUCCGGCGUUUUAGAAGCUAUUUCGGAAGGAGACAAAUGCAUGCAGUUCGCUUUUAUGACGGACAACAUCAUCGGAAGCGAAGAUUGUCUGUACCUGAACGUAUUGGUGCCACAGAACAAAUUGAAUGGAAAACUUGCUGUUAUGAUAUUCAUACACGGGGGCGGCUUCAAUUAUGGCAGUGGAUCAGUAAAUGAAUACUCCCCCGAUUAUUUGCUCGACGAAAACGUCAUUGUCGUUACACUGAAUUAUCGUCUGAACGUUCUAGGAUUUCUUAACUUGGAUAUUAACGAGUGUCCUGGUAACAUGGGCUUGAAAGAUCAACUAUUUGCAAUCAAAUGGAUAAAAGAAAAUAUAGCUGCGUUUGGGGGUGACGCUGACAAUAUCACUAUCUUCGGUGAAAGCGCUGGUGCAGCAUCUGUUCAUUGUCACACGAUUUCACCACAAUCAACAGGUUUAUUUAAAAAAGCAAUUAUGCAAAGUGGAUGUGUAUUUAAUCCAUGGGCGUUUAAUGAAAAUCACAGAGUUGCGGCCUUUAAGUUUGCCAAUAAUUUAGGAUGUUUAAGUAAUGAUCCUGAGGAAAUAGUAAAAUACUUAAGAAAUGUGCCAGCCAUUGAUUUGGUGAAAGCAACUAAAUUCAAGGUUGGUAAAUAUUGCGUUUUAAUGAGUUUCUUCACAGGUACUUAG